AUGCAUGAAGCUUCCAGGAAUGUCCCUACGAUGGCGUCGCUGACGUUUGACAAGGAAAAAGGAAGGACCUUCCUUCUCUGCAACAUUGGAUCGGGGCAAGCUGCUAGUUUUUGGUUUGACAAUUGGACGGGUCAUGGGGCCCUGUUGGAUUUAGUUGGGGCAAAUGGUCCUCGUGUAACUGGUAUUACUCGCCUAGCCUCUGUGUCUGAUGCUGUUAGGGAUGGUGUUUGGACUCUCCCAAGGGGGCGUCAUCCAAUAGCCCGACUUCUCCGGACACUUCUCCCAAGCUCGCUAAACUUAGCACGGAUGGUGUAG